UUGGCUCCCAUAAAUUUAGCAUGGUAUUCGGCUGUGUGUGAACGAUGAAGAACCCCGAUAAAAAGAUUUUUCUUUUUCAUUCAGAGUGGGUGCUGUGCUCCUUCAUGUGUGAAGCUCAUGUUGAAACGAUAAUUGCGACAAACCAAAAUAAUGGCACUUUCCCGUCGAAUUCCGAAUAUUUUAGUCGUCUGCGCCGCGGUUAUUUUAGCUCCCUCACUGAGCACAUCUUGUACUGGAACUACACUUGCUCUUGCAGCUGACGCAGUCGCAGUUAGCACGAACAAUGGCGAGCAGGUGCAGGACUCCGACUCGUCACCGCCAGCGCCAACUAAACGCAACAAGCUCGCAUACUUCGAGGAAAAGCUGACAACCAUUCUCGCACAACUUGACACCGAGAUGAGCCGGGAGCUGCUCCAGCCGGAGAGCCGGCUGCAUGACCAGUUGCGAUUUGUAGACAAAGACUCACCGCCCGCAUCUUCAUCGGGGACCACAUCAGAUGAAAAGCGUCCCAUAAAAAUCGGCCACAACCCGCCCUGGCCGCAUUUACAGCUUACCGACUUCGAUCCGAAUUCCAACUAUGGGGUUUGGAGGACGACGAGACAGAAUAUCAACAGCAAAUACGGCUGGGUCUGGAAGAAUGCAACUUGUGAUGCAGAUUUCAGAUAACACAAAGAUCUGUCAUGAUUCGUAGACAGCAAAUGCGGCUCAGAACUUGGCACCAAAAUGGGUGGUUUGUCAUGCGGAUUCGGCAUUGAGACACUUUCUCAAGACUCGUGAUGCUAGGGCUUGCAUGCGAGACUUUCUGGGUCAUGCAAGAGCAGCAAUACAAACAUCUACACUCAUCCAGACCCAGACAUAGUUGCAAUCCAUACAGGACGAGACAGAACAAAAAUCUUCUUUCGCCGUCCCCGACUGGUAUCUGCAACUUCGUUACCAAGACGCCUCCGUUUCCGAGCUUUACCGCGCUUUCGACGCGUAUGGAAGCGUCAGGAUUGAAAUCGUCAAAGUUGAAAUAACUUGUAAUGCAUAAUAAAAUCAAUGCCAAUUCAUUGGAUCCACAGUUUCUAGUCGGUGCAUGACAAAGUUUGUCCGUGCCGGAAGCCAGUUUGUCAUGCUGUUCAGGGAAAAGGGGCUCCCCUCUGUGAUGCUAAUCAGCAGCUCAAUUCUCGACCCUUGCCAGCACUACAAUCUGCCUCCCUUGCGUCCUCUGCAAUAGAGGCAAUCUUUGCGUUGCAUUUUUUCCUGCAUGGCAAACUAUUUCAACUCUGACGAUUUCAAUUCUUACGCUUCCAUAACGCGAUUCUCCGUGCGCGGAAGAACAUCGAAGACCAGAUCUACGCGAAGGUGUUGAAGCAGGCGGAGAUCCCGUAUGCAAUGCAAAAGUAUCGCACAACUCGUAGAAAUUGCAGUCAUGUAUGACAAAUCUGGUUUCCUACCCGAAUCUGCAUGACAAAUCUCAGUCUUCUUCUUGAGAAAAUUUGUCAUGCGAUCUAUACUUACGCUGUAUACGUAGUUCGAUGCUUUUGCAAUGCAUAUCCCGCUGGGGCAGGCGAUUGAUAUUGGGCGGAACGUGGUCGCGCCGGUGCAGAUGUUCUACCACAAUUUGGAAGACCCGAGGUGUCCAAAAAACGCGUUUGCCGUCAAGGUCUUCAACGGAUAUGGGAAUUAGUAUGCUGAGAAGCUGUAUAGACGUGGUCGUGGUCGUCCGCACCCCCCCCCCCCCCCCAGACUUGCAAUGCGGACUUGCAUGCUCCAGCACUGGAUGUCUUUCAUGCGCAGCUCAAUCGGCUCCGGUGUCUCUUGGUGUAUUGAAAUUUGUUUAUGCUAUCCGAGGCAGGAACAGGAUGAUGUUGAUGGGGAGUCGAUAUUAUGUGUAUGUCACUCCGCUGCAGUGGGCUAACCAAGAUGGCCAUUUUGGUGCGACUCCAGACUUGAUGUCACGCGCAACAGCCCUGUCUUGUUCCGUUGUUGUUGUGUUGCAGCUAUUAGCAUCAAGUUCUUCAUUUUCCACCUAUCGUGACUGAUAUGAGGCCGGGGGGAGGACUGGGCCACAGCUUCGUUUUUUACGAACCGAUAACUACGCCGGGAUAGCUAACUCUAAGGGCGAAACGCUGGAAAAAGACAACUUCUUCUACAUGUGCUUACAUCAGAGAUUUGAAGUUCCGGAGCAGCAGUUGAAGACUUCGGGAUUCACCCAGGACUGCAAGCACCUACCAGAACUCGUUCUUGCGCAACAUGGUGGAAGAACAUCCCAAGAAAAUGAAGAACACAACCACGACCGGGAGCGUCAAUCGCCGAAAAUGUUUCUCGACGUUGGUGCGAACGUUGGCUACUGUACGUUGCUUAUGGCGUCGCUGGGGUACCUUGUGUUGUCCUUUGAGCCUUUACUCGAGUCCUUCGAGCUGAUUAAGGCGUCUGUGGCGUUAAAUCCGAAAAUGGACAACAGGGUAUUGCUCUUUAAUGUCGCACUGGGGAAGAGCAGUGGGAACUUCGUCACCAUGGACACCGGCCGGAUCGGAAACCGCGGGAACACUAGAGUGGUAAGCAGCACUGGUUUGAUGUCAUCGGGAUCAGCAAUAGAAAGAACGACCGUCAUGCGCGGCGACGCAUCACAAAGAGAAAAAACCCCACCUCCUUUCAACGUGAACCUCUUGUCGACCGGGGUGGAGCCGAAAACGGGCUCUGUGGUUUUCUUUUCCGAAUCUUCUGAUAGAAGUACCGUCGGCGGUGGUGCUUCGAGUUCGACAAGUAAUGAUCCUGCAGGCCAGCCCCAAGAAGUUGUCCAGCCAGUGCCAGACACAAGCAAUUUUCAACCUCUGAGUUACGACAAAAGCCGAUUCGUGCCUCAGUUCGCCCUCGCAGAUUUACUGGAAAUGGCGGAGCAAGUGACAAAAUCGAUUCCCAUUGGGUUGAUUAAGAUCGACGCAGAGGGAAGCGAGUUCGAUGUGCUGCAAGGGAUGAUGUCAUCUUCUACUACAAUUUCUACUUCCGAUGAAAGAACGGCCGCGCAGACAUCAAUACCCAAAAACGUUCUCUGCACGGGCAAAAUUCCCAAGAUCAAACUCGAGCUGUGUCCGCACCUGCUGGAGAAAAAACUUCCGGACAAACCCCAGAUCUGGCAGAUUUUAACCUUUUUGCACCGGCACGGGUAUUAUCAAGUGUAAAAAUGUCUGGGUCUGGAAGAAUCCAACUUGUCAUGGUGAUUUUGGAUUCUAAAAAAAUCUGUAUUGCGUGAGCAGCAAAGACGAGAGCCCAAGUUUUGCUACACGGAAAGAGCAUUUGUCAUGCGGUAUACGCAUCAGGAAGCCCUCACAAAAUCUGUGAUGCUAGGGCAUGCAUCACAGACAUCAGGAGUCAUGCAAAAUGUGCAUGACAAACCUGGCAAUCUUCCAGACCCAGACAUUUUUACAUUUGAUAGGUAUCUGCUGAUUGAGGAAGAUAUGGGUGUGAUGUCAGGAUCGAAAUCGACAAAAUCGAAAAAUUUGUGAUGCGUAAAAUGUAGGGCACUGGCGGCCUGUAUUGGGGAGCAGGCAAAUGAGACCGAUUGUAAGCCUGUUUAGGGGUAUGCAAUGUGCUGCCAGAGUAGCAUGACAGGAGCAGUCCUCUUUGCCCAAACAGCAUGGCAAACUGGAUUUUGGUGCUCCCGAAAUUUGUCAUGCGCCACUUGAAAGCUGAGGCAUCAACUGGUAUCGAUUUUGUGCAUCGCAAAUUUUUCGAUUUUGUCAAUUUCGAUUCUGACACUUCCAUAGAAGAGGAAAGCACCGUGAUCAUGAAGCACGAGUUUUUCACGUAUUACGAGAGGUUCAACCACAAAAAGCAGCGCGAUGUGUUGGCGAUUUGGCAGGGUGCGGUGGAGAACGAUGAUCGCGUGGUGGAAAGGAUCGCCGUGGAGUACGAUGGAAAUAAUAACGCAGCAUCCUCACUUGGUGGCGGAAGGGGAGUAUGAAUUGCAAAAGUAUCGUACUCGUAAAAAUGCAUUACAAAUUUCCAUUUCCUCAGCAUGAGAAAGAAAAUUUGUAAUGCUGAUUUACCUUAAGAAAAAGACUUAUGAUGCAUGAUUGCAACACGAGUGCGAUACUUCUGAACAGGACAGGGGGCAGUCGGAGUCGCAUUCGAGAAGAACUUCUGCACAAAUUUGGCAGAGCAGGUAUGCAAGAAAAAAAGUUAAAAACUGUGUAAGUGUAACUUUGUCUUGCAGAUGUUGCAAUACAGUUACACUUGUCAUGCCGGAUAUGCAUCAGAGGUUAUUUUAAUACGUGUUUUCGCGUAGUAGCUACGCAUGACAAGUUUUCUGUCAUGUAAAACAAAUCUGUGAUGCUGUUCCUGCAAAAAAGUUUCACUUAAACAGUUUUUUUCUUGGAUAGCAGGAGGUUCUUGCGGAUGUUGCCCUUUCGACAUCGACAAAAAUUUCUGAUGCGACGACACAAGAACCUGAAGAAGCUUUAGUACAUGAUAGCAUGAUGUCGAAGAUGUCCACAUCUUCCUCUUGGCCACACUUUCUGCUCAACGGCCAACCCACCCCGGCUGCUUUGGUGAUCCGACAGCCACCGACGUUUAAUGUUGCUGAAAGAAACAGCGAUGAAAUCCUUGGUUUGGAAACACAAACAACGCAAGGAGAGGGAACAACAAAUCACGACGUGGUCGAGUUUGACAUUGACAAUGGGACCUCUGUAUCAAAAGCAAAAAUGUCUGGGUCUGGAAGAAUGCAAGUUUGUCAGGCUUGUCUGGCAUGACUCGAGAAUCUGCGUUGUAUAGGCACGACAAAGUCCUCUUGCCUGUCAUGCAAAAACGCAGUUCGCCAUGCGGAACACGUAAGACAUGGCAACCAAAUUAUUUUAGUUCAUGCAUCGCGAUAGCUGCGUAUUGCAGUGCGUGUGCGUCUAUCAUUCACUUUUAGCAUUACAAGUUUCCGGACCCAGACAUAUUUGCAAUCCAUACUCCGAUGAGGACCGAUUAGAACAUUUUGAAGCGGUUUUGACGGUUGAGAAGUUUUCUUCCAGUCCGGAGUUCACGUUUUCCGAUGCUGUGUAUAACAGUGCACAACUCCCCCUCCCCCUCAUUUGUGUAGCAUGAACGGCAAUACAAGCAUCAGCAAGAGUGCCGGUUUUGCAUGACAGAUUUUCACUUGAGUCUAGUGCUAUUUGGGCGACCAGAACUUGUCAUGCAAACAGUGCCAAGAGGCAAAGGGUGGAUUGGGUAUUUUGCAUUACAAAUGAGGGGGAGGGGGAGUUGUGCACUCUCAUACUGUGGUCGAGGAAGUCGCGUGGGGGAAGCCGACUGCAUCAGCAGCAGCUCAUGCAGUGGAAGGAAGUGCUGAUGCUCCACCCAGGAAUUCCUCUGGAUCGAGUUCUUUCGUAGAGAGACUCAAGCAACGGAUCGUCGAGUACCAAAAUAUCAAUGCGGCAAGAAGAAGUAGCUCAAAAACAAGCUCUAGCUCUUCUACUACUGAAGACGGAAUAAACAUGGGUCUCUACCACCGCAACGCUGAGGUGAAUUUAGUGCAGGUGGUCACCGACGGCAAAACCGGCGCGCGGACGAUGCUGCAGAAGGAUUAUAUGGGAAGUAGAACGAGUGAAAAAGCAAAGUAUAAUCCAGGAGAGGAAAAAAAUCAAGCCAUCUCACAAGGAGCUGGAGGAACCGAAAAAAACCACGACCACGGCGGUCCAGCAGUGGUCGUUCAGGCUCAAAACCACCUAACCCCGCAGCAAAAGACGCAGAUGAACUCGGAACUGGUGAAAUCCACACUCACGGACGCGAAGCCGGCCCGGACCUGCUCCAUCGUGUUGUCGAAAAGAGAAGUUUUUUCCGAAUAUAUCGAGAGGAAAAAUUCCCCCUCCCCAUAUCAAAAGGAAGUUUCUCAUGCUGGAUUUAUUGCGUACACAAAUAAAUCAGGUCUGUCUUGCAGUAUGGGACUGCAGGCCCAUACCAAGCCUACCUAGAGGGGUUUUCUCGUAGGCGCAUAGCACGGCAAAUGUGUACUCUGUAGGCUCCAUAGCAUCACAAACCGUCUGUAUAAUGCGGCGGGGUCUCUGGAUUGGCCUUCUUGCAAUACAGAGACGAUUUGUGGCCACAGAUCAGCAUCGCAAAUUUUCAGAAGUAGGUCGCUUCGGUAUGGGGAGGGGGGAUUUUUCCUCACGAUAGAAAACAGUGGGAAGAACGCGGUGUACAGCAAUAUCGAGGGGUUCACGGUUUGGCUCUGUGAGGACAAAGUGCACAUAGAUCAUGCUGGUGAUGUGCCUCUUCGUGGUCCCGCUAGCACUAACAGCCACUACCGAUCUAGAAUCACGACUGAAAUCGUUCUCUUACUUCGAGUUGUGGACAAACAGAAGCAGGCCAACACGAUAGAGUGCCUAGCAACCGUAAAAAUGUCUGGGUCUGGAAGAUUAGAACUUGUCAUGCUAAAUCUAAAUGAUGCAAAAAUCUGUGUUGCGUGAGUGCCAAAAGCUGUCCACUUUUGACCAAGUUGAGGGGGGGUUUCUCAUGCAGGAAAGGCAUGAUAGAGACCUCAAAGAAUCUGUCAUGCUGGGUCUCGCAUUCCAGACCUCAUGGGCCAUGAAAAACCUGCGUCACAAAUCUUGCAUUCUUCCAGACCCAGACAUUUUUACAUUUGAUAGUGCCUUGUCGAGGUCGACCCAGGUGGAGGACCAGCUGCACAAGGUCAAGGGAACAUGAAAACGCGUGAACAAGAUGAACAAGUAGUCAAGCAAAUAUUUUUACCACUGCGGUUUGGCGUCGUAAAUGUUCAGCCGGCCGCGGCUGUGGCUGCUGCUGGUGCAGCAACUGGCAGAGAAGAUGUUGGUGGUCCGUUUCAAGCAGGCCAAACCACAUCGUGGCUGUAUCUGAAUGAGUGUUUCAAGAAAGCGAAAACGGGUAGCGUUUCAGGGCAGGACGAGACCAUCGGGGCCACGACUACAUCUCCACAACAAGAAUCCGCUCCCAAAAGCAGCGACGCGAAGCUCAAACAAAUAGAACAGGUGGGACAACUAGUGCCAUCUUCGCGAAAGGUUUCCGGCAUCGGAGAUUUUUUUCAACCAAAAGUAUUAGCGGGCCGCAAUACAGAUACAACAGCCUCGUCCCCAGUAGCAGCGAGUGCGAGUAGUUCUCCUGCGGUUACCGUUUUGAGCCUCGGGGACAGAGGAGGUUUAGAGGUGCUAUCUGGACGAGCCCCCGAUACUACCAUACCAGACGUCGAGGCGUCCACACAGCCACUUGAGACGCAAAGGCAAGCAGCUACUGUUUGGACGCCGAAUGGCAUCAACGCAUCAGUGAAUGUGAAAAAUCAAGAGCCAAGCCCAAGAGCAACUACACUUACACCUGACGGCGCUACCGCUUCUGCUUCAACAGAGAUACACGAGACCCUCGAGAAAUCGCCUAUUUUCCAAUUUCCGAAGGUCCGCACCUCAGCUCUACGCUUUGGCGCCAUUGCGGACGGGAGUCUGCGCGGAUUUUCCAGACAUAAGAUAAACAUUGCGAACAUGCACGUGACCAUGGGAAGACUAAGUAGAAGAACAAACGACCGCGUUGCGUCGAGAUAGUAGACGAAGUGUGUUCCUGCUGGUUCCCCUCCGCCGAAGGGCAGGAAAAAAAAAAAGUGUUCUUCACGAAGGAGAAGUUAGUUCGGUGAAGAGUUCAACAGGAGAACAACUGCGAAGAUCAUCAUGAGGCUACGCGAUGAAGCGGGCAGCACUCUACUUGUUUGUGUAAUUUGCUGAUGCAGCUCCUGUGAUGCGAACAGCGACAAACUACGUCGACGCACAGAUGAACGCAGCGGCAGCGGCCUUCAAAAUCGAUUCUGCAAGAGUAGUAGUUGGCAUAGGCGGGCCUGUCUGUUUCAACAAACCUCGGCUCGAUCAAAUUACAACAGAGUUUUUGUUGCCCCCUAAAGUUAGUACACGCACUCGUCCUCGUACAAGUGAGUGGAAACCCACUAAGGCUCGGGUAGAAGUUUCCGGC